GCGGGGCGUCACGUCCCCCGCCAGCCAAUAAGCGGGCGGCGCGGGGGAUCCGAACAGAACCGGCGGCGGUUGCCGGGGGACCGCGACGCCAUGAGGAAGAGCGAGGUGCUGGCGGUGGAGUCCGUGGCAUGUCUGAACAGCGCCCUGGGCAAACUGCGGGAUAUCUGGGAAGAGAUCGGGAUCCCUGAGGAGCAGCGACUGCAGCGAACAGAUGUGGUGAAGAAGCACGUCAAGGGGCUGCUGGACAUGAUGAUAGCCGAGGAGGAGGACCUAAAGGAGCGCCUGCUCAAGAGCAUCGCCACGUGUCGCAAGGAGCUGGGCACCCUGUGCCAGGAGCUGCAGAUAGAUCCUUUCAAGGAGGAGGAGAGCACCAUCCUGCAACUGGAGAGGGAGCUGCGCACCCACAUGGAGGUGUUGCUGAAUCAGAAGCAGGAGAGAAAGCAGGAGCUGAAAGCCCUGCAGGAUCGAGACCGGGAUCUGUGUGACGUCCUUUGCACCCGCCCGUACAGCAUUGACAGCAGCGCCGUACCCAGCCUGGAGGAGCUCGAUGGCUUCCGGCGCCACCUGGCCACGCUGACGACCGAGAAGGAGCGCCGGCGAGAGGAGUUCGUGCACACCAAGCGGCAGAUCAUCAAGUGCAUGGAAGAGCUGGAGCAUGUCCCCGACACCAGCUUCGAGCAGGAUGUGGUGUGUGAGGACGAGGAAGCCUUCUGCCUCUCCACCGAGAACAUUGCUGCACUCAAGGAGCUGCUCCAGCAGCUGGAAGCCCGGCAGGCACUUAACGAGGCGGUGUGCGCAGAGCUGCGUUCCCGAAUCCUGGAGCUGUGGGACCGCCUGCAGGUUCCAGCUGAGGAGAGGGAUGCUGUGGCCCCACACAUGACUGGGUCCCGCGCCAGGACCAGGAGAGAGCUGCAGCUGGAAGUGGACCGCCUGGAGGAGCUGAAGCUGCAGAACAUGAAGGUGGUGAUCGAGGCAAUCCGCGUGGAGCUGGCAGCCUACUGGGACAAGUGCUUCUACAGCCCAGCCCAGCGGGAGGGUUUUGCCCCCUAUUAUGAUGAGGACUACACGGAGACCCUGCUGCAGCUCCACGACGCUGAGGUGGGGAGGCUGAAGCACUACUACGAGACGCACAGGGAGCUCUUUGAGGCCGUCCAGAAGUGGGAGGAAAACUGGAGACUCUUCCUGGAGCUGGAGCGCAAAGCAAGCGACCCCAACCGCUUCGCCAACCGUGGGGGGAACCUCCUAAAGGAAGAGAAGCAGCGGGCGAAGCUGCAGAAAACCCUCUCCAAGCUGGAGGAGGAGCUGCGCGUGCGCACUGAGGGCUGGGAGCAUGAGAACCAGGAGGCUUUUCUGGUGAGCGGGCAGCAGUUCAUGGAGUACGUGGCAGAGCAGUGGCAGCUUUUCCGCCUGGAGAAGGAGAAGGAGAAACAGGAGCGCCAACUGAAGAAGAGUCGGCAGAUCGAGGGAGAGCUGCUGUAUGGCGCCGUGGCCAAUCCACCCGCCAAGCGCUGUGUGCUUGGGCCCCACGUGCCUGGCAAAGUAAGAAAGCUCGCCCAGUCUGCUUGGCCCCCCGGCCACGCGGCCGUCCAGCCCCCGCGCUCUGGCCUCAAGGAGCGCAACAAGGAGAACGUGCCGCAGCUGCACGGCCCUGGGCUGAGCGGUGGGUGCACCCCCACGAGUAACUACGGCGUUAAGUCUGUUGCCAGCACCUACUCGGAGUUUGCGCGCCAACUCUCAAAGGCCUCCAGGUCUGACACCAGCUCCACCACCACCACCACCCUGCACUGCUGAGGCCCAGCUGCCUGGCCCCAGCGCUGCCACCAGCUGCUGCUUCCAGAGCCACCGCGUGCACCUGUCUCAGCCGCUGCCCAUCUGCUGGAGUCGGGUGGGCCCUGCCCCAGGCCUGACUUCAGCCUGGUCUCUGGUGCUUCUCUGCUGCUUCGCCUAAUCGGGAUCCGUUUUUAUGGUGAUUUAAACAUUUACUUUCCUGCCCCAGCCCUGCUGCCACCUCUGCACUAGCUCAACCUGGCGGCAGCCAGCCCCCCAGCGCCGGACUAGGUCAACACCUGGCUGCAGGGCUCAGGCCGGGGGCAGGAGCAUAAGCUGGUUAAAGGGUGGGGGCCUCGGGCUAUAGAUACUGCUGCCCCCACCACGCUCAGCACUGCUGCACCUCCCCAUGCUUAUAAAUACUGGCCCUGGACCGGUGGAUAGGGUGCACCUUGUUAACACUACAGCCUUGCUUGGUUAUUUAUUCCCUGCUGCCUGGGCCCAAGCCGCUGCGGGUGGAGGGCUCCUGUUGCAUGUCUGUUUGUUUGUGGGGGGCCUGCUUGUGAGGAAGCUGUUGGGCAUGUGUACGGGACUUGUUUUAACCGCUGACUGACCCGCUUCCCUGUUUGCCUUCUGGUGUCGAAGGGGAAGCAGGUUCUGUAACAAGACAAAGAAAGAAUACACAAAUAAACAAUAAAACGGG